CCUUACUCGUCCCUGGAAUCUCACUACUGUCACUCAAUCUCCUCUGCCCCGAUCUGCACCCCGGCACACCGGUCCCGGAUCUCCCAGGCACCUGGUACCACUCAUUCUCAACCCCCUUCCCUCGGCAGACCAUCCGCAGAGAGAGUAAGAGGGACUCAUACACGACCUUUUCACUUCGGCCUACCACGGCUCGCCUCUCCCCCCUGGGCACGCUCGCGCCUCUCCUAUCUCUUAGCGUGCGCAAGGCCAGUCUUGGACCAUGGCAGCCUAUCCCUCUUCCGCCACUGCAAGCUCAUCAAUGACUCACCGCACACCCUUUGAGGAGAUUACUGUCAAGUCUUAUCUAGAGACGGUAGUCUGGCCUUCGCUUCCCACUUAUGGCAAGGUUAAUGCCCGAUGGUCUAACCUCGGCAACCCAUCCUUGAAUGCGGACCAUUGGCCACAAGCUGAAGCACUCCAUACACUACCGCGCUCUUACGCGGAGGUCUCCAUGUUCUACGAGCUCGUCGUCCAGUACUUCACUGGCAGGGUCAAGGCUUUUCUCGAAGGCGAUGUACUACCCCCACUCAGUAUCUCCGACAUCACUGAUCUCGACAGACAGCUGCAACAGGCAUGGACUGCCUCGAUCAAUGAGCAUCUUUUGCUGAGAGCAGAGUUCAUCCAGUCAUUCAUCAACAGCUGUAUCAAACCGAUGGGACCUCAUAAUUGUCUCCUAAAAAUCGCAUUCGGAGAGCUCUUUUCUGCCGAGCACUUCUCCACACCCCUCAUGCCCCUCUACCCAAGAUUCGGCGCCUUUACGAGGGAUGCUGCGAAUACAGAGGGGCCAACGGCUUGGCGGACAGUGUCGAUGCCUGAGCCUCGGUACUCUGCUCUGGAUCCAACCUCGUAUAUGGCUGCGUGGGCAAGUGCGGAGAACAACAUCGAUCUGAACCAUUGGCACCACCAUGGUCUGGUGGACAACAAACUUGGGGAAGAUGGCUCUGAAAUGCAGGCGGUGACCAUUCACGAGGUUCUCAAUACCCCGGCUUCGAGGGUCGACCUUUUCAAGAUGCUUUGUGCCACGACUCUCUCUGCUAGCAGCAGCAGCAGCAGCAAAGAACAUGCGCAGGCAAAUCCUCAUGCCCAGGAGCGGUCCAGUCAACAAGAUCACGGCCAGCAAUAUCAUGAGCAAAAGCAGCUUGAAGAUCAAGCCUACCAAGAAAGGAAUCAGCAUACGAGCCAAAAUCAACGUGGAAAUGGGCACCAGCAGACUCACACCCAAGAGCCUCAAUCUUCGGGUCAACACUACAACCAGGGUCAGCAGCAUCACUCCAACGACCCCUCAUACCCAGCAUUCAUGGAGCCGGCCGUCCCACAAUGGCCAUCCGCAAUGCCGAAUGUAGCUUUCUCGCCAGCUCAUGGCAGCAAUCACUUCUCCUCACGAGGCUCUACCCCUCCGCUCGGCUCCUUCCACUCAACUCAGUCUUAUCCCCAGGCAUCGGCAUCGGGCAGCUAUGAUCACCGUUCCUCCUUUGUGGGCGGCUCCGGUGUUUCCAACGGCCUGCAUCACUCCUAUCCUACCUCAUCUGGCGGACUCAGCAUAGGAGCCCCCACUCCGCCUCCUCACGCUCAGUACGGUGCAGCUAGCAGCAGCAGCAUUUCGGCACCUUCUGCUACCACGUACACUUCCAACCUACGCUCCUCACUGCACAGCGAGAUUUCUGGCAGCGAGAGCCCUUUUGCUCCCUCCGUUGGACACUCGUACCACGUUGCUUCUUACGCGCAGGGGCCGGGGCAAGGAACAGGUAGCCCGGCUGCUGGCACUGGCUCUGGAUCGGGCAUGGGCGGCGAUGGAUACUAUGGAGGCUCCUAUGCGAGCCAGUCGCGCUACACCCUCCCACCUUCGAGCCUCUCGCCUCAUCACCAGUCGAAUUCUCUACCUCACUGGAGUGAGAGGAGUUCUUUCAGUGGGCACCAAUCCAACAGCAUGAAUGGAAGCAUGGCUGGGCAGCGCGUCAGUCCCUCUUCUAGCCUCAAGAGGAGCUACUUCGGUUCAGUCGAUACCCCGCCCGAGUCCAAGCGCUCUCGCUUCAUGCUGGAAGACGGCGGAUUUGCGGGUCAAGAGAGUGGAGCGCAAUACCCGCAGCCUUAUCACCAGCAGUACCAACACCACCAUCACCAGCAACCCCAGCAUCUUCGCGAAGCCUAUCCGGGCGGCCUGCGAGCAACAGAAGCUGGGUACUCUGCCCGCAGCCCAGUCAAUGGCAUCAAGGGGGAAAUGUACUCUCCGAGCGUAGGAGCGGGCGCUUCUGGUAAAGGCAGCGAGAGCAGUCGUGGCCCUUCACCCUCGCCUUCGCUUAGCAACGGAAAUGGCAAUGGUCACGCGCACACCAAUGGCAAUCCCACCAAGGCAGGCACGCCAAGUGGAUCAACAGGAGCAGGCACACCAACCGGAGGAGGGGGAGCAGCAGCUCGUCCUACAGCUGCAGGUGUGAAGGAUCGAGCUCAACAAAAUCGCGAAAAGAUGAAGCGAUAUGCUGCUCGAGUAAAGAGACAGCGCGAGGCACUCAAGCUCGUCUUUGAAGAAGUACAGAGCGCGUGUGAGGUGAGGGGCUUUUCAUUCUUUAGCAGCAGUAGCAGCAACAGUGGAAAGAUGGAUGGUGCUGCUACCAUCAAUGGGGCAAGCGCAGGUGUGGGUGCGAGUAAGAAGGGUCGAGGAUCCGCUAACGGCCGUGGAGGUUCCGAGGGCUCUGAGGGUCUCCCUCCACCACCACCACCACCACCACCCCACUUUGCAACGGCGGCAGAAAAGCUAAACUAUCAAAAGCGAGCAAGUAAAGCUCGCAAACGCUCCUCCGAACAGGACCAUCUGGACCGCAUUGUCGAGGUCGCUAAAGAGGCUUGCUGUCGUCAUGGCAAUGGCGAUGGCGAUGGCGAUGGCGAUGGCGGUGCAAAUGCAAGUGCAGACGCUGGAACUGGAACUAGAAGUGCAACUGGAGAAGGAAUGCAAGUAGCCAUCCAGGCCCUCUGCGAGGUCUUACAACGUCGUACAGACCUAUGGGAGGACCUAAUUGAAGCGGAGCGUAGGUUGAGCUCCAAUACCAAUUCAAACUCCAACUCCAACUUCAACUCUAACUCUAGCUCUACAAGUAGCAUGGGAAUGGGAAUAGGAAUGGGAAUGGGUAACGGCAAGGAGGAAAUUGGAGCAGAGCGUUAUUCCCCAUCUGAGGAGGAGCAGCGGUGGGUGGUGGUGGAAGUAGGUGGAUUGAAACCCUUGUGGCGCAGUGGAGAGGAUGAAGCGACUCGACUCGACUCGACUUGACUCGACUCGACUCGGGAGGGAGGGAGGGAUGGAGAGAUGGAGGGAUGGAGGGGAGGAUGGAGAUGGAGAUGGGGAAAAACGAGGAGGGCAGCGCCAUUUCACUCAUCUUGAAGCAGAACCUGUUGUAUUCAAUUGUACAAGUAACUUCGCAUUUCGCAUUUCGCAUUUCGCAUUUCCCAUUUCGCAUUUCGCACUCGCACUCGCAUUUCCCAUUUCGCAUUCAUAUUCCGUAUCCACACCUACUUCCACUUCCACAUCCACUUC